AUGGGGAAAUCCAACAGCAAGUUGAAGCCUGAAGUUGUGGAGGAGCUGACCAGGAAAACGUACUUUACGGAGAAGGAGGUGCAGCAGUGGUACAAGGGCUUUAUCAAGGACUGCCCCAGCGGGCAGCUUGAUGCCGCUGGCUUUCAGAAGAUCUAUAAGCAGUUCUUCCCCUUCGGCGACCCAACCAAAUUCGCCACCUUUGUUUUCAAUGUCUUCGACGAGAACAAAGACGGGAGGAUCGAGUUUUCGGAGUUCAUCCAGGCGCUGUCGGUCACCUCCCGGGGGACACUGGACGAGAAGCUGAGGUGGGCGUUUAAGCUGUACGACUUGGACAACGACGGGUACAUCACGAGGAACGAGAUGCUGGACAUUGUGGAUGCAAUUUAUCAGAUGGUGGGAAACACGGUGGAGCUGCCUGAGGAGGAGAACACGCCGGAGAAGAGGGUGGAUCGGAUUUUCGCCAUGAUGGACAAGAACGCGGACGGGAAGCUGACGCUGCAGGAGUUUCAGGAGGGCUCCAAGGCCGACCCCUCCAUCGUGCAGGCGCUCUCCCUCUACGAUGGGCUCGUAUAGUCCCGGGGCCAAGCGGCGAUGCCUGGGGGAAGACGUUCUCCGUGCCAUCCGAC